AUGCCCCCGAAGUGCAAGGAUCCCAGUGUUUUUACUGUGCCUUGCAAAUUGGGGAAUCUUCAUGUACCCCGAGCCAAGCUCGAUCUAGGUGCAUCCGUAAAUGUCCUACCAUAUUCUCUUUUCAAAUCAAUUGGUGUAGGAACAUUGAGCAAAACUGGUGUGAUCAUCCAACUUGCCGACCGGUAUUUGGUACACCCAAAGGGUGUACUAGAGGAUGUGUUAGUGCAAGUCGAUGAAUUUAUCUUCCCGGCUGAUUUUUAUGUCUUAGAUAUGGGAGAUGAUGACUCUCCAAGUUCAAGUUCCAUACUUUUAGGUAGACCUUUUCUUAAAACUUCCAAAACAAAAAUUGAUGUCUACAAUGGAACUUUAAGUAUGGAAUUUGAUGGUCAAGUUAUCAACUUCAAUGUUCAUGAAGCACAAAAGGUUCCUUCCGAGGUUCAAUCCGUAAAUCUUGUGAAUUUGAUCGAGCCCUCAACUAAAAAGGGUUUAAGUUUGUAUACCAAUGAAUUUCUAGAGUUAGUUUUGCAGGGAAAACUUGACAGGGACAAAGCCAAAGAGCUUGCAAAGGAGGUCGAUAUGGACAAUGAGGUGUUGGAGAGUUUGGAGUUUAUUGAUGACAAGAAGCAUGUGAGGAGUGAUGAUAUAAAACUCAAGCCAUCCACCAAAGUCAAAAUCCUUCCACCGGUGGAACAAGCACUAGAUCCGGGAGCAAAAACUCCACCGGACCCUUUAAAGCUAAUACAUGUCGAGAAGGAGAGCACUCAACUGGUCAUUAACUCAAAUAAACUAUCGAAGAAAGAAGAGAGUGAGUUGAUAACCAUGCUGAACAAAUACCAAAAAAGGAUUGAGUGGACAAUCUCUGAUAUUAAAGAGUUAAUUUAUUUUUGGUUUAUGCGCAAAAAGAAAGACAAAGGAAGGUUGAAGGUUCCGUUGAAGGAGGUGGCAAGAAGAUUGAUGUGUUGGAGAGGCCCACAUACUUAG